AUGAAGGAUGUUACUUCUGUGGCUGCCACCACACACAUUUUUCUGAUCUAUUCACAAGUUAUCGAACAAUGCCGAUCCAACCGAGUCUAUCUGGCCACAUUUCGUCGUUACGACUCCGUUCAGUCGAAUUUGACACGUCGACAAAUCACUCUGAUUCACGAUCGAGCACAGUCGAUAUUGGACUUGUUGGACGAUCCGCGUUUACUGUCAGAGGAGCAGAAUCGAUUGCAUCAAGCUAUUGGUGGUCAACUGGACGGUAAGUUUUUCAAAAACACGCCUCAGAUAUUGCUUUAUCCGGAUGUUUCAAAAUCACAUAUUUUGCUCCUCAGCGGACUGAUAGAGAUGGUGUUAGGUGAUUGCUCGCAGUCGCUCCUUGUUCUCCAUCCCAAUGCUCUUGGUUUAAAGGUCAAAAUUGUGUUUGUGUCAUGA